CACUCAAGAGAGCUCAAUAUUGGCUGGACAACGGUGUUGUUCUUGUGAACCCUGCAUGAGGGCGCAGUUAGUUGUGAGUCUGGGAAACACCCUCGGUGACGGAGUCGAGCGCCGUGUGUGUGGAGGGAGGAGAGAGCGAGAUGGAGGUGGAUGUGAUAAGAAUGCUUAUAAGCUGAGACAAUACGUGAAAACAUUUUUUUUUCUUGCUCAAUGACAGCUUAAGAUAUUUUCGCUGUUUCGUUAUAUUACUAAACAUCCGAAAGGGGCAAAUAUCGGUAAGUGAAAGAUGUGUCUGGAAGCAGUAGGAUGCUAGGGCGACAAACGUAUGGCUGCAUUUAAGCAAGCUAGCCCGCCGUAUGUUGAAAAGAAAGGCCAAUAUAGGUGGUGUGAAUGAAAGAAGAGGGCUUCUCUCUUGGGUGGACAUGUUUUGAGAGGUGUGGUGGAGGGAUGAAGGCGGUGUUGAUAUCGAGACGGCAGCGGCUCUUCAUAUGUGCUGUCGGGCUCAUCGCCAUCACCUGCUUCGCUCAAAUUCUUCAUGUAACAGCCCAUUCCAAAGAGGAUUCAGACCUGACCAGGGCUGGGCGUAAACUAACCCAGCAAAUCAUCAAGGAGAACCAGACAUCAAGCACACCCAGAGCUGCUAUUCAUGAAUUUCCAGAGGACAUCUUCACUAAGGGACAGAGGAGGCAUGGGGCAAUUCUACUGCAUGUGUUUUGUGCAGUUUAUAUGUUCUAUGCCCUUGCUAUUGUCUGCGAUGUCUACUUUGUCCCCUCUCUGGAAAAAAUCUGUGCGAAUCUGCAGCUCAGUGAGGAUGUUGCAGGUGCCACCUUCAUGGCAGCGGGCAGCUCCGCACCCGAGCUUUUCACAUCUUUGAUCGGUGUGUUCAUCACCAAGGGAGACCUGGGGGUGGGAACUAUUGUGGGAUCAGCUGUCUUCAACAUCCUGGUCAUCAUCGGAGUUUGUGGAAUAUUUUCUGGACAGACCAUCAUUCUGACCUGGUGGCCGCUCUUCCGCGACUCCACCUUCUACAUCCUCUCUGUGCUGGCCUUGAUUCUGAUCAUAUAUGAUGACAAAGUAAUCUGGUGGGAGACUAUAAUCCUCAUAUCAAUGUAUGGAGUUUACAUCCUUAUCAUGAAGUUUAACAGUCAGAUUUUGGGCUGGGUGGAGCAGAGGUUUGGUAUCCCAGGUCAUCCGUGUUUGGUGAGCAGUCUGUGCAGAGAUGUGUCGGUAGGAGAGGCAAGCCCCCACUGUGACACCUCCAUGAUCCUCUUGAAGAAAGGUCAGAAUGCGGGUGGCCAGGACUCCCCGGUGGUGAUGGUGGAUGAGUUGAUGAGUCUACACCCUCACCAGUUCUCUUUUUCAGAGGCAAGCCUCCGUGUCAUGAUCACGCCCCACUUCUCCCCCCGCACUCGCCUCAGCAUGGCCGGACGCAUGCUCAUCACUGAGAGGCAGAGACUAAUUCGAAACAGGAGCCCUGGAGACAGCAGUGGCAGCGGAUCAGGGGACACUGCCGGCCAAGAUGGUCCAGGCAUGGAGGGGGUUCCUUGGGGUCUGGAGAAUGGAGGGGCCCUUGAGAGUGAAACGCAACCCCUGGAGGAACCCAGACAGAGGGGCCAAGGAGAGGAGUUAGAACGUGUAGCAGAUAUAGAGGAUGCUCAGCCUGAAGAGGAAGAAGAAGAGGCAGAUGAAGAACAACCCUUCAGACCUCUUACCGUGCCAGAGGGGCGCUGGGAGCAAGUGAAGUGGUUGUUUUCAUGGCCUUUAGGCUGCCUGCUGUACUACACUGUCCCUAACUGUGUUUUGCCGCGCUGGGAGCGCUGGUUCAUGGUUACCUUUGUGGCCUCAACACUCUGGAUUGCCGUGUUCUCCUACCUCAUGGUGUGGAUGGUCACCAUCAUCAGUUUUACAUUGGACAUUCCAGAUGUUGUCAUGGGUAUUACCUUUCUAGCAGCAGGCACCAGUGUCCCAGACUGCAUGGCUAGUCUCAUAGUUGCCCGUCAAGGUAUGGGAGACAUGGCAGUGUCCAACUCUAUCGGCAGCAACAUCUUUGACAUUCUGCUGGGUCUUGGUUUCCCAUGGGCUUUGCGCACUCUAGUGGUUGAUUAUGGGUCAAUAGUCUUCAUUAACAGUAAGGGGCUGGUGUACUCUGUGAUUCUCCUUCUCGCUUCUGUUUUUCUUACUGUACUGAGCGUGCACCUGAACCACUGGAGGCUGGACCGGAGGUUAGGCCUUGGGCUUAUGUUCCUGUAUGUCAUCUUCCUGCUCUGCGCCAUCUGCUUUGAGAAACUCUAGAUCACACUAUUCGUGUUUUGCUUGGCUGUAGGAUAGAUCUAGUCAUAGAGAAACAUAUUUUAGCCCCAGUCACUGCCUUAUUAGUAGCAGUUAUUUCAGCCAUGGUUUGAACCGUGACUC